AUGGGUAUCGAUCUCCGUUACCACCACGUCAAAAAGGGAAACCGAUCUGCUCCCAAGUCGGAGGAUCCUUACCUUCUCUUGCUUGUCAAGCUCUACCGAUUCUUGGCUAGAAGAACCGACUCUAAAUUCAACCGAGUCAUCCUCAAGAGAUUGUUUAUGAGCAAGAUCAACCGACCCCCUAUCUCCCUCUCCCGAAUCGUCAAGGAAACCAAAAACUCCAACCCCGACAAUUCAAAGACCAUCGUCACUGUCGGUACCAUCCUUGAUGACGAACGAUUACCUGAACUCCCUAAACUCUCCAUCGCCGCUUUGAAAUUCUCUACCGCCGCCAAGGAAAGAAUCGUAGCUGCUGGUGGUGAGGCCAUCACCCUCGACCAACUUGCCCUCCGAGCUCCUACCGGAUCCAACACCGUUUUGCUCAGAGGAAAGAGAAACGUCAGGGAGGCCGUCAAACACUUCGGUGGUCCCCUCAAGGGUGGUAAACCUUACAUCGCCUCAAAGGGUAGGAAGUUCGAACAAGCUCGAGGUAGAAGAAAGUCGAGAGGUUUCAAGAUCAAGUCCACCCACAAAUAA